CCUGACCGUUUCUGCCAAGUUCUUGUAGAAGUUCUUAGGAAUAGAUUUUAAAACGAACAGACGUUCGCGCGUAGGAACAAACGUGUUCGAAGCCAACACUGCACACAAGGUGGCACGGUGUUGAGUAAACGGACAAGUACAACGACACAGUUUUUUCAAGUUUUUGAUUUUUAAAAUAUCGGUUACGGUCGCCUUGACUGAUGUAUGUUAUGUAAGUAGAUGACCGUGACAUUAAGCAGUUCUGGAAGUUUCCAUCAUCUGGAUUCGUGCUGGGAAGAUUAGGGAUUUCUGUUUGUGGUAGCUCGUUUGACUUACUUUGCUUUCUUACGGGGUAUAUUUGGAACUCAUUGAAAAACUCUGGAUUAUUACUGAUCGUUGCGUAAUGGUCAUUAUUAUUGUAUGAAGCGUAUGUUUUUUCCUGAUCGAGAGCGACAAUGCGCAAAGCGUACUUGAUGCAUCUCGUCGACUGCGGCUUCGAUAAAUUCAUUAUUAUCUAAGUGAUGUUCUGGAUAAUGCCGCAGAGCUUUUUGGGGUGAAAUAUUGACAUCGCACUGGUUUUUAUGAAAAAAUCAUUGAAUUCGCUGUGCAAUUUGGAAGUAUGACGUUAGCCGGCAUAACCGGUUUUGUGACCUUUGGAUUGGCAAACUUUCUUCUGUCAGGUGCCUCAUCCUCACAGUACGACAAUUCGUACGGGGAUUCCUCUGGGUAUCAGACAAACUCGUACAACUAUCCUGCUCGCCAUUACUACAUUCCUUCGUACAGUAUUUAUGUACCCUUGCCAAAGAAUCCCAGACCACCGGAUGUACCGGAUGCUCCUGGUGCUCAGUUAGGCUAUCCCUAUCUCCCCAGUAUCCCUGGAGCACCGAGUGGGCCAAAUGCUCCCAGCGCCGUGAUAGGCAUUCCCCACUUUCCACCCAAUCCAAAUUCCCCCAAUGCACCGCGACCAGAAAGCGGUUACCCGCUAGGACCCACGCAUCCGGCUGCGCCGCCGGCACCUGCCGGUCCGUCCAUACCGGGCGUCAAGCUUGAUGUGCCGUAUUUUCCCUCCAAUCCCAGCGCACCGCCUGCUCCCGACAUUAAGGCUGGCUAUCCAGCUGGACCCAUAUACCCUGAUGUACCAGGUGCACCCUCCGGUCCACCAAUACCCAAUGCGCAGAUUGGUGUGCCAUAUUUCCCUCCCAAUCCAAAUUCACCGAAUGCGCCAAAUCCACAAAGCGGUUAUCCAUUAGGGCCCACUCACCCGGCAGCACCACCGGCUCCAUCUGGUCCAUCCAUACCAGGCGCUCAAAUCGAUGUACCAUAUUUCCCAUCCAAUCCCAGCGCACCGCCUGCUCCAGACAUCAAAGCCGGCUAUCCCGCUGGCCCGAUGUUUCCGGAUGUGCCUGGGGCGCCUUCUGGGCCAGCUGUGCCCAAUGCCCAUAUCGGUGUUCCAUAUUUUCCUCCUAAUCCUGACUCGCCCAAUGCACCGAACCCCCAAAGCGGCUAUCCGUUGGGUCCAACACAUCCUGCGGCGCCUCCCGCUCCUUCAGGUCCUUCGGUGCCGGGUGCCAAGAUCGACGUUCCGUAUUUCCCGUCUAAUCCCAGCGCUCCUCCAGCACCGGAUAUCAAAGCCGGCUAUCCUGCCGGACCCACCUAUCCGGAUGUUCCUGGCGCUCCAUCGGGUCCCGCUGUUCCCAAUGCGCACAUUGGGGUGCCGUACUUUCCACCAAACCCCAACUCUCCCAAUGCGCCUAACCCUCAAAGCGGGUACCCAAUAGGACCUACUCAUCCCGCUGCGCCUCCCGCCCCGUCCGGCCCUUCUGUGCCAGGCGCCAAAAUUGAUGUGCCAUAUUUCCCAUCGAAUCCCAGUGCACCUCCGGCUCCCGACAUUAAAGCCGGCUAUCCCGCUGGACCCAUUUACCCUGAUGUUCCCGGUGCCCCCUCCGGUCCCGCAGUGCCGGGUGCACAUAUCGGUGUUCCGUAUUUCCCUCCAAACCCAAACUCGCCCAAUGCACCAUCUCCGCAAAACGGCUAUCCAUUAGGACCAACGCAUCCGGCAGCUCCUGCUGCACCUUCCGGUCCAUCUGUUCCUGGCGCUAGUAUUGAUGUACCAUAUUUUCCUUCUAACCCAAGCGCGCCUCCCACGCCCGAUAUUAAAGGCGGCUACCCGGCUGGGCCCUCGUAUCCGGAUGUUCCCGGUGCACCUUCCGGUCCUUCCGUUCCCGGUGCCCAUGUGGGAGUUCCGUAUUUCCCGGAUAAUCCCAUUGCACCGUCUGCUCCUACUGCCAGCAGUGGAUACAUUUCGGGGCCUUCCUACCCAUCUGCACCGGAUGCUCCGUCCGCGCCACCCGCUCCAGCGGCUAUGAUAACCUACCCAGGAUAUCCCGCCCAGGAUUCGUACGAUACGAACUAUUACCAUUAUGGAGGAAACAGCACCGGAAACGGGUAUUCAAAUGGCGGUAAUCAAACAAAUGUGGCGAAAUUUCAAAGAGAACUUAACUGACCUUUGCGCCUGUGUGGAAUGAGAAGAUUCAGCUGCUGACCGAAACUGAAUUGUUCGCCACCUAAAGGAUGUUUAAAGUACUUAACCCAUUACGUUUAUGCUUUUUUGUCCUUAAAGCUGCACUUACAUACUGUUUUCGUAAUGCGCCGUUAAGUUUAUGUAAGUACUCACUACUCAGCAUUACUACAUCGAUUUUGUUGGUUUGGUGGGAUCGGAUACCCCGAGUCUGUGCUUAACUGUUCCUAGUUGCUGCGAAGAGUCUGGACUCUUGAGACAUGACAGUUGCUAUUACAACAAAUUCAAAAAGUAA